CUUUUCUCCCAUCAUGUCCGAUGCUAGAACUCAGUUAUUGGCUGUGCUUAUGGAAGCGGCCAGUCAAGAUUACACUAGAAUGAAACAAGCCGAAGAACUUUUAAAGCAAUGGGAAACUGAACCAAGUUUCUUCGCCACUUUACAGGAUAUCUUUUAUGAUACUACUGUUGAAUAUAAUGUUCGAUUCCUUAGCGGUAUUUAUCUCAAGAAUGGCAUCGACCGGUUUUGGAGACGAACAGCAAAAAAUCCUUUGAAUCCAGAAGAAAAGACCAUGAUCCGUGAACGAUUACUUCAAUUCAUGAGUGAACCAAGCAAACAGCUCGCUGCUCAGAAUACAGUCAUCAUUGCUCGAAUCGCACGAUUAGACUUCCCGACUCAAUGGCCACAAUUAUUGACUUCAUUGAUUCAAGGAAUCGAAACACCAGGAACCGAUACAAAUGCCAUUAUUAUUCAUCAUCGAUGUUUGGAAACCAUGUAUGAAGUUCUAUCCGAAUUAUCUACACGUGUAUUAGCAUCAGGUCGACGACAAUUUGCUCAACUGGCACCUCAUACUUUUCAAGUGAUUGCUAACGUAUACCUGAUUUAUGUGAAUCGAAUCAUCUCUCAAUUAGUGGAUCUUUUGAAUCAGCCUACGGGUCAACGUAUAUCAUCUAUGGAACUUGAUGCAUUUGAAAUCUUGGCUAUUUGUAUUCGAUGUUUGCGAAUUUUGAUGGUUAGUGGUAUUCGCGAUGUACACAAAUUUGAUGAAACAAAGACAUUCCUUGAUCUCAGCUAUCAACACCUGCAAACUUUUAUGGAAUCAUUGUCACGUUUGAGAUCCGUCUUGAUAAAUAAUAAACCAUUCAAAGGAGCUUUGGAAACCGUGAUAGAUGAAUAUGGAUCAUUGUAUCUCCAUUUACAAAAGGCACAUCCUGUGUCAGUCGUUCUAUGUCCUAAAUGGAUGGAUAUUGUUUCUUAUUAUUGGAACAAAGUCAUGGAACAAGGUGAUCAUGUAGCAAAUCAAUUCGAUAAAAGUGAUAGAAAUAAGCCUGAGGUAUAUCAACAAUUCUUACUUCAAGGAAUGCAACUUGUGAAAGGAACAAUCAAAAAUGCGGGAUAUGAUGCUGAAACACCAGGUACUGAUAAUCUGGCGAUCACGGAGGAAGAAAAGGCACUGGCUCUGGAAGCUCGCAACAUUAUACGACAGAGAUUUGUAACAGACAGUUUUGUCAACAUGUGCGCAGAAACAUUGAUCACUAAAUAUAUGUUAUUGACACCAUCUGAUUUGGAACAAUGGGAAGAGGAUCCUGAAGCUUGGGCCAAUUCUGUAGAUGCUGAAAAUUGGGAAUUCGAAUUAAGACCAUGUGCCGAAGCUACAUUUAUCAAUUUAUUGGCCCAACAUCGUGAUCAAUUGACUCCUAUCCUAUUAAACUUGUUGGAACAAUCAAAUGUGCAAGAUUUUGCAGGACUUUUAUUCCUUGAUGCUAUUUAUGAUGCUGUUGGUUUAGGUGUACAUUCACUUUAUGGUAGAUUGGAUUUUGAAAGUUUUGUGGCUAAUCGAUUAGUAUCCGAAAUUACAAACAAGGAAGCCAGCUUUAAAAUUCUUCGUCGUCGCAUUGCUUGGGUACUUGGUCGAUGGGUAACAGAAAGUAUUAGUGCUGAUUGCCGAACAACUAUCUAUGAAAUCUUAUUACAACUCAUGGUCAAAGAAGAAGAUCUAGUGGUGCGUCUUUCUGCCGCUCAUAGUUUGAAAAUGGCCAUCGAUGAUUGGGAUUUUGAUAUUUCUAUUCUCUUACCUUAUCUUGGAUCUGCUAUGGAGAUGAUGAUGACUUUAGUGAAUGAAGUAGAAGAAUCUGAUACUGUAAUGAAAUUGAUUGCUGAUUUGAAUACUAUUAUUGACAGAGCAGGUGCUCACGUCACUCCUUAUGCUCCUAAAAUCAUCGAUUUAUUGACACCUUUUUGGACUCGUGCUCAAAAUGAACCACUUUUUCAAUCAGCUUUAGUGGUAACAUUUACAAAAGCGGCAGCGGUACUUGUGGAACAAUCUAAUCAACUUUAUCCUCUUCUUCUACCUAUGGUCACCUAUUGUGUCAAUCGAAACAAUGAAGCUCAUGUCUACUUGUUGGAAGAUGCUUUGGAUCUUUGGUGGACUUUACUUCAAGGUGCUACGACUUCCACUCCUGAAUUGAUGGAUCUUCUUCCUACAGCAGUAGAAUUAUUAGAUUAUGAUACGGAAAAUGUGAAAAAGGUUCUUUGGAUUAUUGAAAGUUAUAUUCUUCUUGAUCCUCAAGGAUCUGCUCAGAAAUGUGCUCUUUCUCUUUUUACCCAUUUGGCAUCUUAUGUUGUUCAUUCCAAGGCUGAAGUUGCUUCCAAUAUAUCACAUACUAUCGACUUGGUUUUCAGAUCAUUACCUAUCACUGUUUAUGGGGAUGCCUUAUUCCAAUCUGGGUUAUUGAAUAAUAUUUUGGAUGUGUUUUUACAAGGACAGCUCUAUGCUUAUGCUUGUAUGUCAUAUAUGGGAUUAUUUGCUCGACUUGCCCUUCAAGAUGCCACUAUGGUCAUCCAAUUUAUUCAAACAGCUGGUCAACCAUUCAACCCUUCAAGUCCGGAUAUUCUAGGUGAUAUCAUUGACAAAUGGAUGGAUAAGUUCGAUAACAUUGGUCAUCCACGACAAAGAAAAUUGACAUGUCUUGCAUUCACCAGUCUACUAAAAACCAAUCAUCCAUCCUUGAUACAGCGAUUACCUGGUAUACUUUCCAUUUGGAGUGAUGUGGGUGCAGAAGUGAAAGAAUCAGAUGGUGAAAGUGUAUUAUAUAGUGAAGCCGAUUUGGAAGAUGACAUUAAUCAAUUAGAACAAUCUCCGGAAAAGGAACGAAAAUCAGAGUUAUUAUACAAGGAUCCUGUCUACACCACUGAUCUAUUGAUAUUGAUACAACAAACACUCGCAGAACUCGGAGGAAGAUUAGUAGAGAAAGUGGAUCCUUUAGUAUUAGAACACAUCCAUCAAUUGUUACAAUAAACACUAUGUAGUUUUAUUUUGUCAUGCAUAAUGUGAAUCCAAAAAAGGUGAUUCCUACUUGUAAAAAAAAGAUAACGUUGAG